GGACGCGGCCGCCUGCGCGGUUCCGGGUGCUCCCGCCGCGGCGCUGCCCAGGGCGCAUUGGACGGGGUCGGGCUGCGAGGAAGGGCGGGGCUGGGGAGAGCCCCGAGCGCCGCGGCGUCCUCCUGCCGUCCCCGCGGCCGCCCGAGCCACCGCCGGAGCCGGCGCCGCCGCGCCCCCCGCUCGCGCGCCCCCAGUCAUGGCUUUCGCCAAUUUCCGCCGCAUCCUGCGCCUGUCUACCUUCGAGAAGCGAAAGUCCCGCGAAUAUGAGCACGUCCGCCGGGACGUGGACCCCAACGAGGUGUGGGAGAUCGUGGGCGAGCUGGGCGACGGCGCCUUCGGCAAGGUUUACAAGGCCAAGAAUAAGGAGACAGGUGCCUUGGCCGCAGCCAAAGUCAUUGAGACCAAGAGUGAGGAGGAGCUGGAGGACUACAUUGUGGAGAUCGAGAUCCUGGCCACCUGUGACCACCCCUACAUCGUGAAGCUCCUGGGCGCCUACUACCACGACGGGAAGCUGUGGAUCAUGAUCGAGUUCUGUCCCGGGGGCGCUGUGGAUGCCAUCAUGCUGGAGCUGGACAGAGGCCUCACAGAGCCCCAGAUUCAGGUCAUUUGCCGCCAGAUGCUGGAAGCCCUCAACUUCCUGCACAGCAAGAAGAUUAUCCACCGCGACCUGAAAGCCGGCAACGUGCUGAUGACCCUGGAGGGAGACAUCAGGCUGGCUGACUUCGGUGUGUCUGCCAAGAAUCUGAAAACUCUGCAGAAACGAGAUUCCUUCAUAGGAACGCCUUACUGGAUGGCCCCCGAGGUGGUCAUGUGUGAGACCAUGAAGGACACCCCGUACGACUACAAAGCCGACAUCUGGUCCCUGGGCAUCACGCUGAUAGAGAUGGCCCAGAUCGAGCCGCCACACCACGAGCUCAACCCCAUGCGGGUCCUGCUCAAGAUCGCCAAGUCGGAGCCCCCCACUCUGCUCACGCCUUCUAAGUGGUCUGUGGAGUUCCGAGACUUCCUGAAGGUAGCUCUGGACAAGAACCCAGAAACCCGGCCCAGUGCCGCUCAGCUGCUGGAACAUCCCUUCGUCAGCAGCAUCACCAGUAACAAGGCUCUGCGGGAAUUGGUGGCGGAGGCCAAGGCCGAGGUGAUGGAGGAGAUCGAAGACGGCCGGGACGAGGGGGAAGAGGAGGACGCCGGGGAUGCCACCGCGCCCCUGGGGAACCACACUCAGGACUCUUCCGAAGUGAACCAGCCGGACCUCAAUGCAGACGAGCCUCUCAAGAAGUCGUCUUCCACCCCGCUGCCACCCAGCCAGCCUCAGGACACUGUGAAUGGGCCCAGCAGCCAGCCCUCAGGGGACGGGUCCCUCCAAACCGCCUGCCCCCCAGAUGUGGCCCCUGGGCAGGAGAACGGCCUCGCAGUGCCCGUGCCGCUCCGCAGGUCCCGACCGGUGUCCAUGGACGCCAGAAUUCAGGUGGCUGAGGAGAAGCAAGUCGCUGACCAGGGUGGGGACCUCAGUCCCGCCGCCAACAGGUCCCAAAAGGCCAGCCAGAGCCGGCCCAACAGCAGUGCCCUGGAGACGCUGGGCAGCGAGAAGGUGGCCAACGGCAGCCUGGAGCCCCCGGCCCAGGCAGCAGCGGGCCCAUCCAAGAGGAACUCGGACUGCGGCAGCCUCUCCACCUCCGAGAGCGUGGACUACGGCACCUCCCUGUCUGCUGACCUGUCCCUGAACAGGGAGUCAGGCUCUCUGUCCAUCAAGGACUCAAGGCUGCACAAUAAAACCCUGAAGCGGACUCGCAAAUUUGUGGUGGAUGGCGUGGAGGUGAGCAUCACCACCUCCAAGAUCAUCAGCGAGGAUGAGAAGAAGGAUGAGGAGAUGAGAUUUCUCAGGCGCCAGGAACUCCGAGAGCUUCGGCUGCUCCAGAAGGAGGAGCAUCGACACCAGACCCAGCUGAGCAACAAGCACGAGCUGCAGCUGGAGCAGAUGCACAAACGCUUUGAACAAGAAAUCAACGCCAAGAAGAAGUUCUUUGACACGGAGUUAGAGAACCUGGAGCGUCAGCAAAAGCAGCAAGUGGAGAAGAUGGAGCAAGACCAUGCCGUGCGCCGUCGGGAGGAGUCCAAGCGGAUCCGCCUGGAGCAGGAGCGGGACUAUGCUCGGUUCCAAGAGCAGCUCAAGCUCAUGAAGAAGGAGGUGAAGAAUGAGGUGGAGAAGCUCCCCCGGCAGCAGCGGAAGGAGAGCAUGAAGCAGAAGAUGGAGGAGCACACACAGAAAAAGCUGCUGCUUGACCGGGACUUUGUAGCCAAGCAGAAGGAGGACCUGGACGUGGCCAUGAAGAGGCUCACCACCAACAACAGGCGGGAGAUCUGUGACAAGGAGCGGGAGUGCCUCAGCAGGAAGCAGGAGCUCCUUCGAGACCGGGAGGCGGCCCUGUGGGAGAUGGAGGAGCGCCAGCUGCAGGAGAGGCACCAGCUGGUGAAGCAGCAGCUCAAAGACCAGUACUUCCUCCAGCGGCACGAGCUGCUGCGCAAGCACGAGAAGGAGCGGGAGCAGAUGCAGCGCUACAACCAGCGCAUGAUAGAGCAGCUGAAGGUGCGGCAGCAGCAGGAGAAGGCGCGGCUGCCCAAGAUCCAGAGGAGCGAGGGCAAGACGCGCCUGGCCAUGUACAAGAAGAGCCUCCACAUCAACGGCGGGGGCAGCGCCGCCGAGCAGCGCGAGAAGAUCAAGCAGUUCUCCCAGCAGGAGGAGAAGAGGCAGAAGUCGGAGCGGCUGCAGCAGCAGCAGAAACACGAGAACCAGAUGCGGGACAUGCUGGCACAGUGCGAGGGCAACAUGAGCGAGCUGCAGCAGCUGCAGAAUGAAAAGUGUCACCUCUUGGUAGAGCACGAGACCCAGAAGCUGAAGGCCCUGGAUGAGAGCCAUAACCAGAACCUGAAGGAAUGGCGGGACAAGCUUCGGCCACGCAAGAAGGCUCUGGAAGAGGAUCUGAACCAGAAGAAGCGGGAGCAGGAGAUGUUCUUCAAACUGAGCGAGGAGGCUGAGUGCCCGAACCCCACCACCCCAAGCAAGGCCACCAAGUUCUUCCCCUACAGCUCUACAGAUGCUUCUUAACAACUGCCCAGGGCUGUGGCUGGCAGCUUGGCGGGCCUCCGGGGCCCUCUCAUUCUCUGUGAACAAGUAACUCAGGACCCUCCUUCCCUCUUGCUUGUGUGCCAGCUCAAAUCCAGCCCCUUGCCCUGUGCUGCCCCGCUGUGCCCGACAGACCCACCCCGAUGUUCCUGACUUCCCGCUUGCGUGUGGCCAGCGAGGCGUUCUCAUGUGUUGCCGGCCCCUGAUGUGUGUUCUCAUUAAGCUCCAGAUCCCUUCGAGCUGUAGGUGAUUUGGGCUGUUGGUGGCGUCAGGGUCCAAGAGGAAUGGGUGUCCUAUGCCGUGAGGCCCCUCCCGUUUGCCAAAACAUCAGUUCUGCUGUCUGUGGGCACGAAGUUCUGCUGCUGAAGUCCCCAUGGGCUCGUCCAUACGGUAACCCUGGGUGGUUUCUCAGCCAUUCCCUGCAGUGUCAGACAAGAGUCAGGGCCCCUCACAGCCAUUUCAGUUCCCAGUGGAGCCCGGCCUGCAGCCGGCUGCUCGGGGAGUGUCCUCACUCCUCCUGUUCCCUCGACUUGCUUUUCAUUUAAGACAAGGCAUGUCUGCGUGGGGGGAGGGGACAGGGGAAAGAGGGAGGCCUGAAAUGCUCAUUCUCCUGGUCUUGGGUGUUCCAUAUCGUCUCGUGUCCCCUCCCUGCACACGCGCGCGCGCGCACAGGGCUUGCCUCUGCCCUGGCCCCUUCUGCCCAGGUGGGCUGGAACAUGCUCGCUGCCUGAGCCGGUGCCACCGAGCGUGUUAGGUGGAGCAGUUGGUGUGGAACAUGCUGGGUGCUGGCACCAGUGGCACUGAGAAGCACAGGCUGUACUGCCAGCCUGCGAUUCGUUCUGGCCCCCUCCCGGGAGCCUGUGCUCAGGGAUUAACUCCUCAGCACGCGAGACUUUCACAACCCAGACUGCGCCCAGCCCGCACUUGCCUACCCCGACUGCAGGUGAGACGGGAACGCUCUUUCCCUCUGCCCUGUGCCCUCCCUGUUCGGGGGUCCCGCCUUACAUUUCAGAGCGAGCGAGCGAGGCUGGCACUUGGACUUCUCUGCAGGAAGAGAAAGCAUCAGGGAGGAACAGAAUGCUUCCUGUCCCCGGAAUGUGGCAGAGGCAAAAGAGUCUGUACCUCGGAUGGACUCUGGGGCCUUCAGGGUCUCAGCGGCCUCCCCCCAGAUGCUGAGGCCACAGGCUGCAGAGUGUGUGUAACCCAGUAAAAGCCAGUGCUCCAAGCAGUAUGUGGGUUUAUUUACAAAGAAAACCUUUUUCCUUAGAUUUCUAACUGGUAGAAAAUGUUGGAACAGGUAGAAAAUGUAUGUCUUCUUCCGGGAGACACCUGCUUUUGAAAGAACACAAAACUGAUGAUGGCUUUGAGGAAUCAUAUGGGUAUAUUGAGUCUGGGUCCUACUUUGCUGGUGAGAGAGUGGCUGAGAUGAGACACCCUGGGAGAACUUUCUCCUUUACCCCUAAACGUUAAGGUUCUACACUUUGUCUUUCUAAAGCAAUUCCCUGAAAGUUUUCUUGGCACUGGUUAUAACUGGAUGCUUGAGGGGAGGGGCAGCCAUUCAAUAAGAAAAAGGGACUUGGAGUUCCCAAAUCUUAAAUCUGCACUAAAGACGCUCUUGGAGCUGGGGGAAGGCAGGUUCUCAGGUUAGUGCGCAUUCAGCCUGCCUGCUUCAGUAUUCGACCCAGACAGGACAUUUCUCAGGUCUCCACACAAAUGAGACGAGCUAAAGAUUGGUCUCCUUUUUUUCUCUUCGGUGCACAGGUGCUGGGGAAACAUGAGCUAGCAGCAGCGUAGCUACAGAGCACAGACGCAGCUCUUGCAGGGCCAGCGUUAGCCAGCAGGCAGGCAGGGCUGCUUCGGGCUUUGUUUACAAUAUUUCCAUUUGGAGCCUGCAGUGUGAGAAUGAGCAUUAGGUGGCAUGCCAGUUUCAUGGUUCAGGUGAAAGUCUUUGAUCAUUCCCUUUUUGGCUUGUCAUUCAUAUUGGCCUUGUCCUUCAAGGAGUGGCUGCAUCCCUACUUAGUGAUGCCCGGGUCCAGUGGCUCCCCUGUGCUUUUCUGAAUGGGGUCUGGCAGGGUCUCCUAGCCUCACGAUUGAGCCAACGCACAAUGCUCAUCUCUGAGGAGGCCCACACAGUAUUCCUCGUCCCCUGUGCUAUAAUGUUUUCUCUGUAAGGGACAGACGGGACUGUUUCUCCUUCUCAGUACGUUUUUAGCAGAGUAAAUAUAACUAACUUAUGUUUUCCCUUUAUGAAGGAUAAAAGUUAUUUUUAUGUAGUUUCCAAACUUUAUAUAAAAUUUUUGUAAAAUGUUCUCUGCAAAGUUAACUGCAAGAAUGUAAAUAUGCUUCUAAUAAAAUAACAAGAUCAUUUGCA